UAAACUACAAUUUAUGUGGAGGCGAAGCCAAAAAAUAAAAAAUAAAAAUAAAAAUCAUAUUUCUAUAGCAUAUAUUUGAUUGAAUACUGUCUCUCUAUCUAGAAGGAAUUAUUGAAGCUUUUUCUGUUGGGUAUUUUCUGAAAUGUCUUCCAUGGUUAUAUUCUUCAUCCCUGAAGCCAAGGUUGAAGAAGAAGGCGAGUGGGAAAAAGAAAGAUAAAAAAAUAUAUAUAGAUUACUAGUAUUUUUCGACGUUCUGUUUAUUCAAAAUCGUGUUUACGAACAGCUUUUUCUGAUCUGCUCUUUCAGCUGGGACGUGGGCUAGUAUUAUGAGUGAUUCAAUGGUGAACACUCCGGACGGACCUUUGAAUACAAAAAUUUCGGGCUCGGGCCAAAUUGAGGUUGAUUUUGCUAAAUGCGAUUGCUGCGGUCUCACAGAGGAAUGCACUUUAUCUUACAUAGAAACAAUUCGGGCUCGCUACCAGGGAAAAUGGAUUUGCGGGCUUUGUGCUGAAGCCGUGAAGGACGAGAUUUUCCGAUGUCAAAAAUUGAUAAGCCCGGAUGAGGCCAUGGCCCGACAUUUCAACUUCUGCAACAAAUUCAGGUCAUCAGGCCCGCCGGAGGACCCGACGGCCCAUUUGAUUUCAGCCAUGAGACAGAUUUUGAGGAGGAGUUUGGAUAGUCCCAAGUCUUUAAGGUCGAUGCCAAGUAGUCUGAUGAAGAACAGAGGGGAUGGAAACAUGAAUGGAAUCGGGUUGACUCGCUCGGAGAGUUGUAUACCGAGUUUGUCCCUGGUUGACUCGCCGGCGUUUUGUGGUGUAGGAGAAGGUUGUGAGUUGUGAAUGAUGAGAAGCAAGGCUAGUAUGGUAAAUUUGAUAGAGACAUUGGAAAAAUGAAAGAAAAAUAUUAAAGAAGAUGACGAGGAAAAACACGUUAACCUAGUGCUUAAUUUUGAUUUUCAACAAGUGUAAACAGAAGAAUCAUGUAAUGAAAUGCAAUAGAACGAAGUAUUUCUUCUACUUUUAACUGGUUCGA